AUGUCGAGGGACGGAAGCACACUGAUAAUAAGUGAUAGGAAACAUCCUAUGCAUAUCAGGGAGGAAGAAGCGACGAUCUCCUAUUUGCCUCAACCACUUAUAGUGGCCACCAGUCACGAUCUCUUUUUGGAUGACGACAUGAUCGCCAAACAGGAAUGUGGCUUGGUAAGCUUUUUACGGGAGUCGGUUUCGAAUUUGGCAUCUGUCACCAAAAUCCUGAGUACAGCUGGGCUUGGAUGGGAAAUCAGGAAAGGAAAUAAAGUGGGUCCCUCUGAGGCUGCCCUCCUGACUAAACUUGGGGAGCUGAUCAAGAAAGGAAAUAAAGUGGGUCCCUCUGAGGCUGCCCUCCUGACUAAACUUGGGAUAAAGUCAUUCUCAUAUGGGCUUGUGAUUCUCUCUGUCUAUGACAAUGGAUCUGUCUUAAGCCCAGAGGUGCUCAACCUCACAGAGGUUGACCUCGUUGAUAAGUUUGCAGUUGGUGUUUCUGUGGUUGCUUCGCUGUCCUUGACUCUCUCUUACCCAACUCUUGCAGCUGCGCUUCACAUGUUCGUCAAUGCCUACAAGAACGUCCUUGUUGUUGCUGUUAUCUCUAUUGCAUCUGCUGAGAAUGCUACUGCUAUUGCCUCUAAGGAAAAAGAGAAGAAGGACGAGCCUGUCGGCGAGUCUGACGAUGACUUGGGAUUUAGUUUGUUUGACUAA